UGAGCAGUGGAAUAUCUUGCACUACAUAUGUAUCGAGUUCCUACAUAUGUAGGUGUGUUUUUGUAGUACACAACAGAGAAAUGUCAUAUUGCCGUAUAUGACUUUUAAUUUUGAUAGAAUCAUAUUUGUACAACCGUUCGCAUUUGUUACAAAUAAUAGCUGCAAAAACACCACGUGAUAACUAUCCCCUGCUUAAAAUAUUAAUAUUUCGUUUCGUCUCGUUAUUUUCAAUGAUCAUCUACUAUAUUGAGUAUGGUAGAAGACAAAAAAUAUGAAAUUGGCAGCCGAAUUGAGUGUGAUGGACACAGAGGUACAUUAAAAUAUGUUGGUCCUGUUGGAAACACAAAAGGACAGUGGCUUGGCAUUGACUGGGAUGAUUUUAUUCGCGGUAAACACAAUGGCACAUACGAAGGAGUAGAAUAUUUCAAAGCUAGGCAUCCUACAUCAGGUUCAUUUAUACGCCCUGGUAAAGCAAAAUUUGGCAUCUCCUGUUCGCAAGCUAUAAAGAUUCGUUAUGGCCUCAUCAAUGAUGAAUUAGCAGGCAUCGAUAGAGACACAUUAAUGAGCUUACAAAAGGAGAUUAAUGCUCCUUUUCUGGAAGUUGUUGGUUUCUCGAAAGUGAAUAGAAAACAAAGUAAAUUUGACCAGUUAAGAAUAGUAUGGCUCAGAGAUCAAUAUGUCAGUAAUGCUGGUAAUCCUGGUGAACUAGAAGAAUUAUGUGCUAAUUUGGAAGAGUUAGAUAUAUCUAGAAAUUUAAUUAACUGUUGGAGAAUUGUAGCAGAUAUUUGUUGUCAGCUUCAUUCUCUUACUGGCCUUAACGUCAGUGAAAAUUAUCUACCGAUUGAAGAAAAUAUGGAAUCAUUAAGUACCUCAUUUUUAAUGGUUGAACAUUUAAACAUGGCAAGAAUGAAUUAUAACUGGUUUGAUAUUCAACAAUGUAUGUGUAUGUUUCCAUCUAUCCAAGAACUUUCAAUUUCCUUUAAUACAGUCAGCAUUAUACAGAAACCAUUAGAAGAUGAAAACUUAAUGAAAAUAUUUAGAUUAACGCUCGAAGGAAAUUUAAUAUCCAGUUGGGAUGAAGUCCUUAAAUUGGGUUCACUUCCACGCUUAGAAUACCUCAAUUUAAAUUUAAAUAAGAUAGACGAAAUAAGAUUUCCAUCUGUUGAACCAACAGCAAAAACUUCGGCCUUUCCAGUUUUGCGACAAUUACACCUAUCGCAGAAUAACAUAUCGGAGUGGCGAGCUAUAUCGGAAUUAGAGAAACUAAAUAAUUUAGAAGAGCUGAAAUUUAGGGAAAAUCCAAUUUUGAAAGACGAAAAUUUAGAGACAGCACGUCAGUUAAUAAUAGCAAGAAUUUCGAAAUUAAAGAUUUUGAAUGGCACUGAAAUAGCACUGGGUGAAAGACGAGGUGCAGAAUACGAUUAUAUGAAGCUGCAUUUACCUAAAUGGGUUGAAAGUGAAAACAAUAUGGAAAACAGAAAAGAAUUCAUAAUUGAACAUCCUCGAUAUGUAUCAUUGGUUGAAAAAUAUGGAAUUUCUGAUAUCCCAUCAGCUAAACCAAAAGUCGAAAUGGUUUCCAACGUUAUCACGGUAGAAUUUUCAUGUCCAGAUCAUCCGAGUCAGCCCAGAGGAAUCAAAAGGAAACUUUUAAAAGAUAUGGAAGUUCAGAAAGUCAUUGGGCUUGCACAGCGACUUUUCAGGACAGGAGGAAAAAUACCUGCUCUAUCAUUUAUACAACAUAAUUUGUCCGAAGUUGAAAUUCCUUUGGACAAACCACUUCAAGAACUGAGCUACUAUUCAAUACAAGACGGAGAUCAAGUUCUUGUAAGGUGGUGAUACAAAAUGAAUUGUUUAUAGACGUAACUGUAUUUUGUACACUGUUAAAAUUUCACCACCGUACUUUGUUAUUAAACUUUUUUAAUGGCACAAGUA